GCCCGCGCCCCUCCACGCUUUAAAAUGAGCGCUGCGCUCACAGCCUCGUGUUCAGCAGCUCCAUCCUCCUCCUCUUCCAUCUCCAUCCUGCUCAUCGGCCUCCUCGGUCUCCGCCUCUCGUAGUGCGGCCAGAACAGCAAAACCUGCAGACAUGCCGUCGCACGAUGGUCGCUUCAAGCAGCUGGAGCGCAAGCUGCACGUGAAGAACGUGAUGAUCCGUGAGGCCUUGGCGGAGUUCAUGGGGACCUUCCUUCUCGUCCUGUUUGGCUGUGGCUCAGUGGCGCAGGUGGAGCUGAGCGACGGCACCAAGGGACGGUUCCUCACCAUCAACCUCGCCUUCGGCUUCGCCGUCACCAUGGGCGCCUACUGUGCCGCCGGCGUCUCCGGCGCGCACUUGAACCCGGCGGUGUCGAUGGCACUGGCGGUGCUCGGCCGCUUCUCUUGGAGCAAGUUCCCCUUGUACGUCACCGCUCAGCUGCUCGGGGCCUUCAUGGGCGCCGGCACCGUCUUCGGCCUCUACUACGACGCCUUCAUGUACGUCUCCAAAGGGAACCUGACGCUGCAGCUCGCAGGGGUCUUCGCCACCUUCCCGUCACCGCAUCUCUCCAUCGGAAACGGAUUUGUUGAUCAGCUGAUUGGCACAGCGGCGCUGCUCGUGUGCAUCCUCGCCGUGAUCGACAAGCGCAACAACCCGGCGCCCCGCGGCAUGCAGCCCUUCCUCAUCGGCCUCAUCGUCGUGCUCAUCGGCCUCUCCAUGGGCUUCAACGCCGGCUACGCCGUGAACCCUGCGCGCGACCUCGGCCCCCGCAUCUUCACCGCCCUCGCCGGCUGGGGCUGGCAGGUCUUCUCGGCGGGCAACUACUGGAGCUGGGUGCCUGUGGUGGCGCCCAUGCUGGGCGGCGUGCUGGGCGCCUUCAUCUACGAGAUCUUCAUCGGCCUGCACCUCCCCGAAGAGCCGGCCAGCUCCGGGCCCGAGCCCGGGACCCCGCGAUCGCACCAGGAGCUCGCAAAGCUGCAGGCCAACAUGGCAGACGCCAUGUGCUGAUAGGGCGCGGGGGUGAGGGGUGAGAGGGGUGGGGUGGUUGAGGGGAGGGGGGCGCUCUAGUGUGGAACGAUGAAGGCAGCUCCUCCCACGUGGUUUUCGUGCCGUCCGUUCCGCGGCACGACGUUCCGACGUUUCUCCUCCACGUGCCACGAGAGCUUCUUCGGCAACCUAAGAAAUCCAGAAUUCGGCACGGUCACCCAAGAAACUCCUCGGCACGUGGAGCAAAACGUCGGACAUCGUGUGCCGAACGAUGCCCCCCGCCCCCCCCCCCCCCCCCCUCCCGAGAACCACAUCGGAGAACCGUGCAGCGCGACCACAUAAAAAACCCUGGACAGUGGGACAAAAGGGGAUCGCGUGGGGCACGGCGACUCGUCAGCGGCCCCCUCAAACCCGCCGGGGCGAGACGCAACGAGGCUGUUGCGUGGAUCCCCCGUAUCCGUUAACAGCAUUCGAUAAUCGGGCCAGAUUCAGUUGCGCAAGUUGGCGAGUCGUCUCGUUUUUUCCCCGGGCCAAGGCUUCCGCUAAGGUUGCCGUGACGCGUGUGAACCCCUUUGACAGGCCAGAGAGCCGGGUCACGCAGCCGGCUCCAUCGCGCUGCAGCGCGGGUGUCGCGUGCGGCGUGGGUGUCGCGAGUUACGAGCGUCGGCGGACUGUGAUCCCUGUGGUGGGUGACUUGUAAACCAAAAGCUGCCCGUGUAACAUGAAGUAGGAACCGCUCAUUGUGGUCCGUGCAGCUUGAAUUGGCAAACUAUAUUCGCUGCUGACAUUUGUAUGUUUUGGUUCUAGAUACUAGACGUACAUUGUAAAGUAAGAGCGACCCCUGUCCAGCAAAGCUUUAUAGUGGAGCCGAUUCUAACCGCGCGGUGAAAAAUAAUUGGGCCUCCCUUAAAGACAAUGUCAAAAUGAGAAUGGUGUUUGUAAUUUUGUUCUGAUCUGGCAUCCCACAUUGAGCAUUUUGGGUCAAAAAAUGUAACAUAGACUCCCACCAAGAUGAUCAUGAUAUAAUUUUAGUCUAUAUCCUUUAUUUCCAGUAAACCUCCUUGUAAUAUACCAACCCUUGCUUUUAAAUAGUUCAGUUACUCUCAUUUGAUUUAGCAAAUGUAGUCUUGUUAUCAAAUACAAAGCAUUUCACAAGUGAAGCUUAAACAUUUCUCAAAAGUUUCAUAAUAAAAAUGGGUGAAGGUUUUCGCAUACACUAGUUAAUAUACCGAAUUUUAUAUACGUUUUUAUUUCAAGACUAAUAAAGAUGUUGGGGUUGUUAGGGAGAAACGGUGCCGAAGGUCCCGAAGUGUUCUCAAGCGAAGUCCGUCGGCUCUUGAGCCACGCUCGACUUGAGCCGGCUCGGAGCCACGGUCCCAGCCACGCUCGGGAUCAAAGCCGAGCCACGUGUGAGCCGCUCGAGAUUUCGUCAAAGCGAAACGAGUGGCUCGAGUCGAGUCCCGGCCCUGACUGCAGUGCCCACGGUCACUUUUAUAUCGCCUCCUCCUCCUCCCUACUGGCAGACUAUCAAUGACCUAUCAGGCCGGUGCUGCGUUCACCUUGCGGCCACACAGAGACAGCUGCCACAGGGCGAGGGGGUCCCCUUGGCUCGACUGCAGCAGGGCAUUGGGAUGGUUGAUGUGAGACGCAAGGCGCUUUGAGUUGCUGACGCUUUUUGAGCGAGGGGCGGGGGUUGGGCAGGCCCCUGUACUUGCAACUUCUUUACUCUUCUUCACUUGUACAUCGGUUGCAUAUUAAUUAUUGUAUCUUUUGUAUAUGUAAAAGUAAUAUAGUCUUUUUGUGUCCUGUGCUUCAAAGUCUUAUAAGUCUAUACAUUUCAAUUUAACAGAAUAAAAUAAAACUGCCUCGAGAGA